CAGACACCAUUACCCAGAGUUCGUUGCGGCGAAGCAAGACAACACGUGUUUUCAUCAUGGCGGCCUCCGGUAAAAAAGCAUUGACUGGGUCUGGUGAUUCAAGUAGCAGUGAAGAUGAAGAUUUGGAAAAAUUUAAGGAAGCGGUUUGGAAUGUGGAUGGUCCCAAGAACACAGGAAAAAAACAUCAAGAACCCAAACCAACGCGGAGGUUGAUUGUGUCCGACCAUCAACAUGACUGUAAUGAGCUGCAGGUGACACCAGAGUUUCGUGCACACGUCGCCAAAAAGUUGGAGCAUAUGCUUGACGGUUUUAUUUCAGAGAAGCCAGCAGGAGCUGUAUCUCACCAGAGCUCAAGCACGUUGGAGGAUGAUGAUCUUGGCUUCAAACUGUUUGCAACAUCGAACCAAGGUCAAAGAUUUGAUGAACCACUAUGUCCUGUGAAACGCCGGCGUGUUCCCAGCUCAAGCGAAAGCGACGGAGAGAUGGACAUGAGGAUAAGGGAGGCAGUGGUGUCUGCAGAUGAAGUCCUGCGACCACCAGUAUGGGAGGUUACCACGAAGAAGGUUGAUGUUGAGGACCCAUCAGGACAGAGCAAGGAAGAUAAGACUGAGUGCCCUCUGCCCAAGAAGAAGAAGAAGAAGAAAAAGAAAGCAACUGAAUGUGAAGAUGAAAGUGUCAGAACAGAUUUUAAAGACCAAAAAUGUCAAGCAGAGGAGAGCCCUACUCUCAAAAAAGGAAAAAAGCGAGAUCGAUUGAAGACCAAGUCUGCAAAGUCUAUACCUGAUAAAUCUUCUCUGCAACCUGGGAAAGACGGCAGAGAGACGGCGGAGAAACAAGAGCAGGAGGGCAGUGCCCAAGGAAAGGUGAAACGGAAAAGGAGAAGAAAACGCAAAGCUGUUGACGAGAGCACAGAGGUUUAAGGGCCGCUUCUGAAUGAAGUUUUUUGUAAUCCUGUCAAACUGCCUCCAAAUACAAUAGU